GUACAAAAAUAAAUAAAAAAUAUAGACUACACUAGAUUGUAGAUUGAUUCAAUCUCAGAAAAAAUGGCAUCAACCUUCAAAAAUAUUUUCCAAACUUGUUUUAUUUUACGCAAUAAAGUUAUUUUGCAAAGUGCUGAAAAAACUAAAUUAAAAACUAUUUCUGUUUAUUCCAACCAUUGUUUAUCGUUUACGAGAUGUCUGCAUAAUCCCAGAGAGUUAAAGAAGUUUUAUAAAAAUGCCACAGUCGUCUCUGCUGACGGUUGGUUUGAAAUUAAUCUUGAUAGAAAAAAAUUACGAACCCCUCAUGGUAACAUAUUUAAAGUACCAAGUGAACCUUUAGCAUUAGCAAUAGCUACAGAAUGGAACUCACAGGAGAAACUAGUCAACAGGCACACCAUGCAUUUGACAGUAUUGAGCAACACAGCCCUUGAAAAUCCCACUCACAAAACAAGAGAACAACUAACAUCAAAUAUCAUUCAUUUUUUGGAAACAGAUACUGUAUGUUACAGACUUAAUGAACCACCGGAAUUAGAGAAACUUCAGAAAACUAAAUGGGACCCUAUUAUAGAGUGGGCUGUGAACAGACAUGGAUUAGAAAUUACUCCCACCUACAGUAUGGCUCCACCUAUUGUGAGCCCAGAGAGUAAAGAAAUAGUUAGGCGUCAUCUAUUGUCCUACAGUGACUGGGCUUUGUUUGGUUAUCAUUAUGCUGUAGAUUGUAUCAAGUCCUUGUUAAUAAUAAUGGCUCUGGUUGAUAAACAAAUUGAUGUUGACACUGCAGUAGAACUGGCUAGAUUGGAGCAAGAAUUUCAGACCAAAAAAUGGGGUAGCGUUGAGUGGUACCAUGACAUUGAAUUGUACGAGUUACGGUGUCGGCUGUCUGCUGCCAUGUUGUUUGUUCAUUGGUGCUGUGAGAGUACAACAAUCAAGCAAAAAGCUACUCUACCAUCUUUCUAAGUUUCUUGUGUCACUCUUGAUUAAAUGCUGUUGUAUGAAUCAGUCUUAUAAAAAUAAGUAAUAAUGAAUAAGGAUAUACUUUAUAAAUAAAGAACUAUAUUACAUUG